CAUUCACAUCACCUUAGCCAUAACAAGUCCUAUAUUACACAAGUGAAGUUCUUGUUCUUUCUCAAGAGAAUAAUUGAAAUCAUCAACAAUAUUCAUUCUCUUUAAGCAAACAAUAACAUUCUAAUGACUAUCCAAACAAUGGAACAAGAGUUGAUUUUCAAGUCUAAGCUUCCUGAUAUUUACAUUCCCAAACACCUUCCUCUUCAUUCAUAUUGCUUUGAAAAUCUAUCAAAAUAUGGUUCACGUCCUUGCCUCAUCAAUGCUCCAACUGCUGAAAUUUACACCUACUAUGAUGUCCAACUCACCGCGCAAAAAGUCGCCUCCGGUCUCAACAAACUUGGCAUCCAACAGGGGGAUGUCAUCAUGGUUCUUCUCCCUAAUUGCCCGGAAUUUGUGUUCGCCUUUCUCGGUGCUUCUUUUCGCGGCGCCAUAAUGACUGCCGCCAAUCCCUUCUUCACUUCAGCUGAGAUUGCUAAACAAGCAAAAGCUUCCAAUACUAAGUUGCUUGUAACACAAGCUUGUUACUAUGACAAAGUUAAGGAUUUGGAAAAUGUGAAGCUGGUUUUCGUGGAUUCUUCCCCGGAGGAGGACAAUCACAUGCAUUUCAGUGAGCUGAUUCAGGCUGAUCAGAAUGAAAUGGAAGAGGUAAAAGUGAACAUCAAACCCGAUGAUGUGGUUGCAUUGCCAUAUUCAUCUGGAACAACCGGUCUACCUAAAGGUGUUAUGCUAACACACAAAGGGUUGGUGACAAGCAUAGCACAACAAGUUGAUGGAGAAAAUCCAAAUCUAUAUUAUCACAGUGAAGAUGUCAUACUAUGUGUUCUUCCCAUGUUUCAUAUUUACUCACUCAACUCAGUUUUGCUUUGUGGUUUGAGAGCUAAAGCUUCAAUAUUAUUAAUGCCAAAGUUUGACAUUAAUGCAUUUUUUGGCCUUGUUACUAAAUACAAAGUCACCAUUGCUCCUGUUGUGCCACCAAUUGUUUUGGCUAUUGCUAAGUCACCUGAACUUGAUAAAUAUGACCUUUCAUCCAUUAGGGUAUUGAAAUCUGGUGGGGCCCCACUUGGUAAAGAACUUGAGGAUACUGUUAGGGCCAAAUUUCCCAAAGCUAAAUUGGGACAGGGUUAUGGGAUGACUGAAGCAGGUCCAGUUUUAACAAUGUGUUUAUCAUUUGCUAAAGAGCCAAUAGAUGUGAAAUCAGGUGCAUGUGGAACAGUUGUUAGAAAUGCUGAGAUGAAGAUUGUUGAUCCUCAAAAUGACUCCUCUUUGCCUAGAAAUCAACCUGGUGAAAUUUGUAUUAGAGGCGACCAAAUCAUGAAAGGUUAUCUAAACAACCCGGAAGCAACGAGGGAAACAAUAGACAAGGAAGGUUGGUUGCAUACUGGUGACAUUGGAUUCAUUGACGAUGAUGAUGAGUUGUUCAUAGUUGAUAGACUUAAAGAAUUGAUUAAAUACAAAGGUUUUCAAGUUGCUCCAGCUGAACUUGAAGCCAUUAUUCUCUCACAUCCUCAAAUUUCCGAUGUCGCUGUCGUCCCAAUGUUAGAUGAAGCAGCUGGUGAGGUGCCAGUAGCAUUUGUUGUAAGAUCAAAUGGAAGUAUUGACACAACUGAGGAUGACAUUAAGAAGUUCGUCUCCAAACAGGUUGUGUUUUACAAAAGAAUAAACAGAGUAUUCUUCAUUGAUGCCAUUCCCAAGUCACCUUCAGGCAAAAUAUUAAGAAAGGACCUAAGGGCUAAGCUUGCAGCUGGUGUUCCAAAUUAAUCAAUCAGUUCCCAUAUACCAUGUAUUUUAUUCACAACCUGUUAUAAAAAUGUAUCAUAUCAUUGAGACCGAAUGAAAUUAGACAUGUUUUGUUUAACUAGCUCAUAAGUAAGGUUUGAUUAAAUCA